CUUCGGUGGCGGGACGUGACGGGCGUGGCGGGGCGUGGCGUGCUUAAGAAUAGCUCCUCCGCAGCGGCAGAAAGACGCACGAGGCGCGAAGCGUCUUCGUCGGGCGUGCGAAUGGGGCACGCGCUCGAGCGAGCACGGGCGGGCGGGCGGCAGCCGGGUGUGGCCCUCCGGCCGCUCAGCGGGCGGGUGCGUAUUGAUCGGGCGUCGGCGGCAGUGGCGUCGCGACGCAGAGGCCGUGUGCCUGGCCCAAGGCGUCGCCCGGGCCGGUGACAGCGCGCGGCGGGGCGGUGCCCUGUGGACAUGGGGCCGUGGGCGGCGGCUGUGGGCGAGCUGCUGCUCAGCCAGUGGACGCUGGGCGUGCUGGUGUUCGCGGUGGUGUUCAAGGUGUGGUACAAGACGACGCAGGGCGCGUGCACAAGUCGCCGCCGCCUGGACGGGCUCACGGCGCUCGUCACCGGCGCCAACUCAGGCAUUGGUCUGGAGACUGCGAAGGACUUGGCGCGGAGAGGGGCUCGAGUCCUGAUGGCCUGCAGGGACCCCCAACGCGGACAGAACGCCCUUGAGGCGGUGCGCGCCGAGGCGACGGGAGGCGCGUCGGUGGAGCUGCUGUCGCUGGACCUGAGCUCGCUGCAGUCGGUGCGCGCGUGCGCAGCCAAGGUGCUCGCGCUGGAGCCGCGGCUGCACAUCCUCAUCAACAACGCGGGCGCCGUCAACGUCGCCCACGCGCCCACCAAGGACGGCCUCCACGACACCCUCCAGGUGAACUUCCUGGGGCCGUUCCUGUUGACGGUGCUGCUGGUGGAGCUGCUGCAGAGGUCGGCGCCCGCCAGGGUCGUCUUCGUCUCGUCGUCCUACCACCGCUUCGCGCGCCUGACGCCCGAUCUGCUGGACUACCCGCGCGCGAGGGAGCUGCACGCCGUGCAGGUGUACUGCCUGAGCAAGCUGGCGGUCGUCAUCGUCGCCAACGAGCUCUCGCGGAGGUUGAAAGGAACCGGUGUGACUGUGAAUAGCCUACAUCCUGGGGCUGUCAAUACUGCAAUAUUUCGACAUUUUCCACCUUGGAUAUCAUUGUUUUUCAACGCAUUUUUGCGUAUUUUUAUGAAGAACGCCGUUGAGGGCGCCCAGACAACAAUCCACGUGGCCGUGUGCGAGGAGGUGGAGGGCGUCACCGGGCGCUACUUCUCCGAUUGCACGGAAUCCUGGCUUCGAAGCCAGGCCCUUGACGAGAAGUUGGCGCAAGAGGUGUGGGAGAAGAGUGAGAAACUGGUGCGUCUGCGAGACUACGAAAGGCCUUCGUUCCACUCUUGAAUGAUCUGCAAAUGCUCACUCGCUCUCUUUGAUACGAAACAUCGUAUUAAGAUGGCAUUCGAGUAGACGAGAGCGCAAAAAAUGUGCACUGCCACGAUGUCUUUCUCUCAGAGCUUCGAUUCUAUCGCUAUCUUAUCAUAGUGUGAGGAAACUUGCUCUGCUUGGAGGGUCAGCGUUCUUCCUGAGAUGCACCAGUUUACCUCCGGCCUGCAAACGCUUGUACUUUAAUUCGCAAGCUCUUUAACAUCUUGCACGAAAUGUGUAGUGGCCAAAGGAAAGAUCGUUAAGAAGCCUGACCAAGCCCGGAAAGGUUUAUUGGCUUCUGCUUUUGCGCUUUUCUACAGUUUGUACGUAUUUUGUAAGUUUUCUACUACGUGGCUUUAGUCAAUUCAGAAAUUAGUCAGUUAGAAUUGUCUGCGAGACGAGAUGUCUAAAAUGUUUCUUGUAUUUAGAAAUGCGUUUUUCGAAUAUUAUAUUAAUAGUUCUUUAGAGUAUUACUUUACUGAGUUUUGGCUAUUAUUGUUAUAAAUUUGUAUCCUUUUAAAAGCUAUUUGUUCGCACAAAUGCCCUGUUGUCUGGGGACCAGAAAGAUGGGAAGACUGGUUCUUCAUUGCAGCCAUGUUAUGAAGAUUGUGAUGAGGUAUCGAGAUAAUAAAUUAAAUAAAAGAUUUGUAUAAAAUGAAUUAGGAUUCAUUUUUAUUAUUUAAAAAAUAAUGUUAGUCAUAAAAGUUUUGUGAUGUUUCAAAUUGUCUUAAAAAUUUAAAACGUACUAUAAUGUACGUUAGGAGACCAUAUUUAAUUUCAGCAAAGAUUAUUCGAUUAUAAGAUUUAUGUAUAUACCUUUCUGAAAAUAGACAUUUUGAAAGGAACGUAGAAAUAUUACUGUCAUACAAUUAAAAACAAUUUUUAACAUUAUGUAUCAAUUUUCAUUUUAUAUUUAUAGGUUAUUGGAUUUCUUUAUGGUUUCGAUCCUAAGUGUAUGACAUAACAGUGGGUAAAUUCUUUCCUUCUGAAAGUCCUUUGCCCCUGUCCCAGGAAUGGCCAGGGGGCCCUUGAAAAGAGUACAAAAAUUUAUUUUUUAAAUUCACUGAUGCAAAAGAUUGUUUAAAAGAAAGAACUUGAAGUCUAAUCAACACUCGACGGAGGGGAAAAUAAAAUAAAUGUACUGUGAUUAUUCCUCAGUGUACACGUGUUUUUUUUUCUUUACCCUGCAAUACGAUAGGCUCCCC